AUGCCCGGCGCCACGAUCAACGGGCCGCAGCCCCAGCUGCUAUUCGUCGAUGGAUCAUUCGAGGAUCUUGCUCGCGAGAUGGCCGAGUACCUCAAGGCGGAUGAGGCCAAGCAGCUUUUGAGCGAGGAAAAGGCCGCGCCCAAAGAGGAGGUUCUGUCAAAGCUGGUUGCUGCCUCCAGCGCCCUAAGCACCGUCCCGGAGAAGGAGUUUACCGCCGCGUCGAACUUGAUGAUCCAUCUCGCCAUGCAGUCAUCCGACCCCAAGAAGCUGCUGCCCACCCUCUGCUCCAACCUCGCCAAGCCCCUCAUCAACUCACCAGUUCACGGCGCUGGCCUGGCCCUGAAUGCGCUGGUCACCAUUUUCAACCUCCUCGAGCCCAAUGAUCCUAUCCGAGCGCGCGUCUUGAUGGAGAUUCUAAAGUUCCUCAAGGUACACGGCCUGUUCGACGGCCUGCGGACAUACCUGGAUAAGCUGCCCGAGUGGAUUGUAUCAUGGGGAAUCGAUACCGCUCUGGAGAGGAAGAUUUACGAAGAGGUCGCCGAGGUUGCCCUCGAAUCAGGAGAAGAGACUACCGCCUACGAGUUCAUCCUGAAGGCGCUCCGAUCUUUCGAUGGCGAAGGCACUAGCUCCGACGAGGCCCAGAGACUCUCUCUCCGCGCCCUCAAGAUGGCCAUUCUCUCCAACACCCACUACCUCUUCCAGGAUCUCCGAGCUAUCCCCAGCGUGCAGGCCCUCAGCGAUUCUCAGCCCGUCUACUCUCAGCUUCUCGACAUCUUUGCCGAGCAGGACCUUGAGGACUACAACGACUUCAACGACGAGCACAAGGGCUGGGUCGAGGAACAGAAGCUGGAUGCCGAGAAGCUGCACCGUAAGAUGAGACUUCUUACCUUUGCCAGCUUAGCCGCCGCCACCCCCAGCCGUGAGGUUGAGUAUGCCAAGAUCACCAAGGCGCUCCAGAUUCCCCAGGAGGAGAUUGAGACAUGGGCCAUCGAUGUUAUCCGAGCUGGUCUCGUUGAGGGCAAGCUGUCACAGCAGCGCCAGAUGUUCCUCGUCCACAAGGUCACCUACCGUGUUUUCGGCCAGAAGCAGUACCAGGAGCUGGCCACCCGUGUCGACCACUGGCGAUCAACUCUGCAGAACGUUCUCGUCGUUUUGCAGCAGGAGCAGGCCAACGCCAAGGCCGCCAAGGUUCGCGAGGCUCAGGAGUUGGAGCGAAAGCUGGCCAACGUUAACGUUGGCGGCCAGGAGGGUGGACGACGAAGACAGCAGCAGCGCGAGAGGACCGAUAAUGACGACUAA